AUGGGCAAGCUCGCAAAUAUCAGUGUGGCGACCUUUGCCGCCAUCGGAUCUUUCCUCUUCGGAUACGAUGCCGGUGUUAUGACAGAUGUCAUCGCCUCGCAAAACUUUCUCGAUUUCUUCAACACCACAGACACGUCGCCCGUCAUCGGUGCCAUCAACGCGACGUUCAAUGGCGGAGCCGUAUUCGGUGCCUUGUUCGGCGGUGUCAUCAUGGACAAGUACGGAAGGCGGAAGACAAUCGGCACCGGUGCCGUGAUUGGCGUUCUUGGCGGCAUUCUCCAGGCCGCGGCCUACCACACUCUGGCGGCACUCGGCCCCCAAGCUAACAACCUCCUAGUCCCCGUCUACCAGUCCGAAUGUGCCCACCCCAAGAUCCGCGGCCUCAUCGUCGGUCUCGCCCAACAAAUGAUUGGCUGCCUGCCCGCCGCCAUGCUGGCCAUCGGCAUGAUCUGGUUCCCCGAGUCCCCGCGCCACCUCAUCGCCACCGACCGCCUCGACGAGGGUAUGAAGAUCCUCCGCAGGCUGCACUACGACGGCACCAACGAGGACUGGAUCCAGGCCGAGUUCAACGAGAUCAAGCUGACUAUUGAUGCCGAAAAGGCCGCCACGGCUCCUGGCUGGCUCAUCAUGUUCCGCGUGCCGCAAUGGCGUCGCCGUCUCAUGCUUGCGACACUUGUCCAGGUCUUUACCCAGUUCACUGGAAUCAAUGUCAUUGGUUACUACCAGACCAUCAUGUACAAGGCUCUCGGCAUCACUGGAAAGACGAAUCUUCUCGUGGCUGGUAUCUACAACUGCGUUGGCCCUAUUGCUAACCUCAUUUUCAUCACUUUCUUCAUCGACCGAGUCGGCCGCAAGAAGCCCCUCAUCUUCGGCACCAUCGCCAUCGCCAUCGCCCUUAUUUGCGAAGGCUCCAUCAACAGCCAAAACACCGACGGUACCCGAGAAGGUCUCAGCAUCGCCGGCGUUGCCUUCCUUUUCUGCGUCACCAUCCUGUUCUCGUGCUCUUUCGGUCCAAUCUCUUGGACCUACAUGAGCGAGGUCUUGCCGUACCAGGUCCGCAGCAAGGGUUCCGCGUUUGCGACGGGUAUCGGAAACUGGCUUGUAGCUACAUUCUGGGCCCAAGUCAGCCCUUCGGCCCUCGAUAAGCUGGGCUGGAAGUUCUACUUCCUCUUCGUUGCUUGGGAUCUCCUCAUUACUCUCCCGUGCCUCUUCUUCUUCUUCAAAGAGACCAAGGGCCUCUCGCUGGAGGAAAUUGACUUGCUGUUUGGCGGCCGUGCACUUGGCACCCUGGAUGAUGACAUUACCAAGAAGGAGAAGGACAUCGUCGCUCACGACGAAGACCCGGACAAGGUUGCUUAG